CCUUUUUCCGGUACAUUACGGAUUAAGCUCUACGGACAGGGCGGACCGUGAGACAGGGUGGACGGUAUGUUUGGACAAGGCGGACCAUAUUUUUGGACAGGGUGGACUGUGACUCGAGACGAGGCGGACCGAUGUGAAAAAUUCUGUACAUUUUGGCAGUUGGCAAGUUUUGUGAUCAAAAGUCUCCGAAACAGCCAUUCCUUGUCUAGUUAUAUGUCUUAUAGGAAAACAAGAAGAUGAAUUCUUUUGUGAAUAAUGGAAAUGAAAUUUCAGAGACUGAAAACAGGGAAAGUUGCAGUAAAAUUUCAAAUGAUGAAGUUGUAAAUCUCUUCUAUAGUAUUUUUGCAGAAUUGAAAUGGGAGUCAAAUCAUAUGUUAAAAGCAGUAGAUUGCAUACUAGAUAGGAAACGAAAAUUACAUAAAAUGAUAUGUUCAAAAUUGAGGUUUCCUUGUGGAAGUGUUUUAAAGGGGAUUUAUGAAAAAGAUAGUUUUAAGAUUGAGGUAGUAAAUGAUGUGGAAGAUUUCCUGGAAAGAAGAUGUCAAUCACAAAACCUUACAUAUAAAUAUGUAUUUGAAACCUACAAAAACUUGGAACAAAAUUUGCCUCAAGCAGGAGUGCAAGAACAUAUUAAUAAACUUAGACAAAUUUUAUGCCAAAAAAUUGAAGUGCAAGAGGAAAUUGUUGACUCAUAUAACCUUGAACUUAAAGUUUUAAAUGAAAUGAAGUUUCUGAAAAGAUUAAAAGAAAACAAUGAAAAUGAAGAAGAGCAAAGAAUAAUGGAAACAGUUUUCCUUCUUCCUGUUAGAAAAAAGAAUUUGUUGGUAGAAUUACAAAGUAGAACAGAGAAUAUUAACUUGGCAUUUUUGCAGUCCCAAAAUAAAGAGCUGUCCAAUGGGUUACUGAUUGAUGUAUUUAAAGCUGUAAAUAAGGACAUGAAAGAACUUCAUAUGGUGCUGUGUAGUCAGUUUACAAAACUUAAAUCUGUCAAACUUAGUACACUCAGUGCAACAGCAAUGAAAACUAUGAAUGAGGCUAGCAACUACAUGGAGCAAGGGCUUCAUGGAGAAUUGAAAACAUUUUUGAAUUUACCUGCCUUUAAAUCGCUUUACUCAGUUGAGUCAACAGAGUUCUGCACUCAAGAAGUAAAAGUAAACAAAAACAAGUUAAUAGAAGAAAAAUGUACAGAAAUACCAGAUAAAAAAUGCACAUCAUAUAAUCAAUUGUGCAAAACCAGGGAUUCCCAGGAUGGUGAAGAUUCAGACACUGAUAUUGAUGACCCAUACAAAUCUGACAAUAUUCUGGAAGAAAAUGAGAAACUUGGUCUGAUAUUAGAUGUUCAAGAUGGUGAUGAUAUAGAAGAUGGAAAGACAAAUAAGAGAAAGCGAAAAGCAUACGACAAUGUUUUCAAACUUCGUGCAGUAAAAUAUGCUGAAAAUACAAGCAACCGAGCAGCUUCAAAAAAAUUUGGUAUCGGUGAAUCAUCUGUGCGCGACUGGAGAAGGUUAAAGGAUAUGAUAUUACAGAAGCCAAGAAACAGAAAGAGAAAUGUCACAAGAGCACCAGAUCUUGAUAUGAUAGAAAAAGAUUUAUGUAAAUGGUUUCUAUUUUAUCAAAAGAAAGGCAUUGUGCUUGGUAAAAUAGAAAUAAUGACAAAGGGAAAAAUGUUAGCGACUGAUCCAAAGUACAAAGUGGACACUUCCCGUCAUUUGUUUGGGAUAAAAUGGUGUGAUAAAUUUUUGAAAUCAAAUAAUCUCACUCUCUGCCGCACAAAAGCGAAAGGUAAAAACCUAAGCAUAAGUCAAACUCUUUCUUGUUCCAUGAAUGAAACUGAUAUGGAAGUUGAAAGUUUUGGAGACAAUGAAGAGAAUAGAAUGGAAGAUAUAGGAGAUUGUAAACCAGUGAAAACAGAACCUAUUGAAAACGUUGAUACAAGUAUUGUUGCUCAAUCAUUAUUACAUACGUCUGAUGUUGUUGGAAUAGAUUUGGAGAACAGUCUGCAUGCUGAAAUUGAGGAACCUGUUAAAACUGAGUCAGAUGAGAACAAUAUAGAGCCGGGAGUAAAGUUAGGUGUUGUUGCAGAUAUGUCAGGUAAUGACGUUCAUGAAAGGUUGAAUUCUGACUCUGAAGCAAAAGCAGCUCAUUACUCUGAUGUUUGUGAUAAUGUAAAAACUGAAUUAGAAACUGAUAAAAAUCUUUUUCUAGAAAAAAAGACUGUGUCUAGGCGAAAAAGGAAAUGCUCUUUUGAUAACAAUGCAUGCAAAUUGCACAGCAGCCAACUUGAUGAGACACUUGAGAAUACCACAUUUGUAAAGGUUAGGAAAACUGAUGCUGCUAUAGAUGACUUGAAGUUGGACCAAUCUGAAAUCUCUGUUCAUAAAGAAAGCAUUACUGAAACAAUAGGAACAGAUGCAAAAAAGUUUGAGGAUGAUUUGUUGUCACAGAUUCAAGAAAAGCAGAAAGAAAAACUGGAUAUUACUUCAGAAUUUGUUGCAACAAAAGCAAAGUCGCUGUAUGAAGAAAGAAAGUAUUGUUUAAACUUCUGUGCUGAUAUGUUUUCAAAUACUUGGGCUCAAAAAUUUCUGGAAAGACACAAUUUAGUUGAAGGAAUUAAGGAUACCAACCUAGAAAACCCUGAUGUAGAUAUUGAUAUUCCUCAAGAAUUAAAAGGAAUACCACAAAAGAAUGCUAAUGAAUUAGAAUUUACCGACAUGCUAGAUGAAAUAGGUAAAAAAACAUCAAGACAGUCUUAUGAUAAUGCAUUUAAAAGCAUUGUCAUAAACUUUGCUGAAAGUUCAAGCAACCACUUUGCUGCAAAAGUGUAUAAUACUAGUGAAUCAAAUAUUAGAUCUUGGCGAAAAUGCAAGGAUAGAAUUAUCAGUGAGAGGAAGGAUAAAAAGCGUUUUCGUUCCGGCCAUUCAACAUAUGGUAAGCUUGAAAAGGAUCUAGCUUUAUGGUGUGAGGAUGUGCAAAAAAGUGGGAAAAGAUUAUUACGAUCUGCAGUCAGAUCCAAAGCAAGUCAGUUAGCUAAGGAAGGAAAGUACAAAGGAGAUAUGAGUCAGUUUCAGGCAUCUAAGAGUUGGUGCACACGAUUUUUGGAAAGACACAAUUUGACUUGUGAUAAUGCCAGAGCUGAAAAAGAAUCAAGACAAUCUUAUGAUAAUGCAUUUAAAAGCAUUGUUAUAAACUUUGCUGAAAGUUCAAGCAACAACUUUGCUGCAGAAGUGUAUAAAACUAGUGAAUCAAAUGUUAGAGAAUGGCGAAAUUCCAAGGAAAAAAUUAUCAAUGGGAAGAAGGGUAGAAAGCGUUUUCGUUCCAGCAAUUCAACAUUAUACGGUGAGCUUGAAAAGGAUCUAGCUUUAUGGUGUAAGGAUGUGCAAAAAAGUGGGAAAAGAUUAUUGCGAGCUGCAGUCAGAUCAAAAGCAAGUCAGUUAGCCAUGGAAGGAAAUUACAAAGCAGAUAUGAGUAAGUUUCGGGCAUCUAAGAAUUGGUGCACACGAUUUUUGGAAAGACAAGGUUUGACUUGUGAUUAUGGUAGAUUUUACAGAGGAAAAAAGCAGCAGGAAUUAGGUGCCUCAAACAUUGUAACAACUGAUGAGGACAAAAAUGAUGGUGAUGAAUGUUGGGAAGAUGAUGAUAAUGAUGAUGUUGUAUAGAUGGAAUUAAAUUUAGUAAUAAUAUCAAAUCAUUAUCUUUAAGGCUUCAGUCUUUAAAAUAGACCAAGUGUAACAUUUUUACCUCUGAGUUUACUGUAAUUAUCUUUAUAGAUCUAAGUAUAUUAUGUAAAUUAAGAAAACUUAGUUUCUUAGCUAAUUGAUUGCAUUUUCAUGUGAAAACUUGCUAGUAUAGGUUUAUGCAAAUGUAAAUGAAAUGAAUGUUCUUUUUAUAAAAUGUUAGUUGCCUCCCUUAUGAAAUGUAAAUAUUUUAAAUCUAUUUCUUAUAACAGCUUAAGCUGGAUAGAAUUUGAGCCGCCUCAAGACAAAACCAACAUAGUGGGUUUGCGACCAGCAUGGAUCCAGACCAGCCUGCACAUCCAUGCAGUCUGAUCAGGAUCCAUGCUGUUUGCUUACCAACUCUAUUACAAGUGGAGAAACUGACAGCGAACAGCAUGGAUCUUGAUCAGACUGGGUGGAUGUGCAGGCUGGUCUUGAUCCAUGCUGGUCACAAACCCAUUAUGUCAUGACCUGGCUCAUUUGUAUAUUAUUUUAUAUUCAGUGCAAAUUUGAUCUUGACAUUAUAAUACAUUGUCCACAAUGAAUGGUUGCAAAUGACCUCAGAUUUGAUGAAACUUGCUUUGAAUGAUCCUUUCACAAAGGUUCUACCAAAUUUCAAAUGGUUCUAGUCUAGUAUGUCUAGAAAUAUAUAUUUUAAAAAUCCUCCAUAAGAGCAAAACCUAUAAAUUUGAAAUUUAAUUAGUAUGUAUUGUAUGGUCCUCUACACAUAAAGAUUGGUCAAACUAUUUCCAUAGAGUAAUACUGCUGCAGCCAGGGGACAUUCAUGGUUUUACAUAAACUUCAAUAGUGAAAAUCUUAAAAAAAUUGUCAUGUCAGAAAUUUUGCUUGAGAAUAAUAGGCUUGAUAUUCGCAAGUUAUGUUGUCUUGUUUAGUCCUCUUCCAAGUUUCCUGGCCUGUGCCAGACGUCAGCCAUUUAAAUAUUUGUAUAGUAAAACCUUAAAAAAUUAUUUAGAUCUGCAUUGUUGAGAAUAGAAUUACGUAGGGCAUUACAAAAUUUUUGAUAUGAACAUUAUCUCAUGUUCACUCACUCAUUAUUUCUUUUUAAAGGUUACUGGUAAUGGUAAAAUGAACCUCGUGAAAUUCGUAUUAUUGUAUUAUUCAACUGGGCAUGGUUGAAUCAAGUUUUUUUUACCUUACUUAAAUCCCAGAGAAAUCUUUAUUUGCUUUAGUGGGCUAUUUUAAUAAAAGCGGCUAAAACAGUGUUGUGCCUGUCAUUGAUUGAUUGGGGCAAGUUCAAAUGUCAUUGUAAAUAUUCUAUAGUUUUAUAUUUUAUUACAACAUGGAUAAAUAAAACAUUUGAAAUCAAA